GGGAGCGCCAGGGCGGCCACUGGGCAUGCUCUGUCGUCGGGCAGGUUCGGGGCUGCCAGCGGCAGUGCGUUGUGCCGGUCCUACUGUUCCUCCCGAGGGCGGGUGCGCGAUGGCGGCUGCGAGCGCCAGCGACAGCAGCGGUGGCAGCAGCGACACGUCCAGCACUGGCGAGGAGGAGCGGAUGCGGCGACUCUUCCAGACGUGCGACGGCGACCGCGAUGGGUACAUCAGCAGGAAUGACUUGCUCACGGUCUGCCGACAGCUGAAUAUGGAAGAAUCCGUGGCUGAGAUCAUGACCCAAUUGGGCACAGACGAAAACGGGAAGGUGUCCUUCCAGGACUUCACAAGGUGCCACCAGCAGCUGGUUCGAGAAAUCAGGAAGGAGGAAAUGGACCUUUCCCUGAAGUCAGGCAAAUCCAGCCAAAAGAAGCUGAGGGAUGGAAUCACAUCCUGGCCCACAAGCUGUGACAACAGUUUGGGUGCUUUGUCAGCAGCCAGAGAGAACUGGGAGUAUGAUUCCGGUGCCAGGGACCUCCAGAGCCCAGACUUGCAGAGCCGGCUGCCCUUCCAGAAGCUGCUGGAGUGUGGCGGAAGCUCUUUGCCUCAGCCAACUGUCCUCCACAAGCUUCUCACACAAUCCCCGCAUGUUGGCACCUCUACGGGCGGAAGCUAUCUUGAGCUGGCCCGCACCCUCCACUUGGCAGCCCUGGCAUCACUCAAGGGAGACAUAGUAGAGCUGAAUAAACGUCUACAGCAAACAGAGCGGGAACGAGAUCUUCUGGAAAAGAAGUUGGCCAAGGCGCAGUGCGAGCAGUCCCACCUCAUGAGAGAGCAUGAAGACGUCCAGGAGCGCACAACCCUUCGCUAUGAGGAGCGUAUCACGGAACUGCACAGCAUCAUUGCAGAGCUCAACAAGAAGAUAGACCGCCUGCAAGGCACCACCAUCAGGGAGGAAGAUGAAUACUCAGAACUGCGGUCAGAGCUCAGCCAGAGUCAACAAGAGGUCAAUGAGGAUUCCAGAAGUAUGGACCAAGACCAGACCUCUGUGUCCAUCCCUGAAAACCAGUCCACUAUGGUCACUGCCGACAUGGAUAACUGCAGUGACCUGAACUCGGAGCUGCAGAGGGUCCUGACGGGGCUGGAGAGUGUUGUCUGCGGCAGGAAGAAGAGCAGCUGUAAUCUCUCUGUAGCCGAGGUGGACAGGCACAUUGAGCAGCUCACCACAGCCAGCGAGCACUGUGACUUGGCCAUUAAGACGGUGGAGGAGAUUGAGGGAGUUCUUGGUCGGGACCUGUAUCCCAACCUGGCUGAGGAGCGGUCCCGGUGGGAGAAAGAGCUGGCUGGGUUGCGGGAAGAGAAUGAAAGCCUGACAGCAAUGCUGUGCAGCAAAGAAGAGGAGCUGAACCGGACCAAGGCCACCAUGAACGCCAUCCGCGAGGAGCGGGACAGGCUCCGGAGAAGGGUCCGAGAGCUCCAAACUCGACUGCAGAGUGUCCAGGCCACUGGACCUUCUAGCCCUGGUCGCCUCACUUCUGCCAAUCGCCCGAUCAACCCCAGCACCGGAGAGCUCAGCACCAGCAGUAGCAGCAAUGAUAUCCCCAUUGCCAAGAUUGCCGAGAGAGUGAAGCUAUCAAAGACAAGAUCCGAAUCAUCGUCAUCUGAUCGACCAGUCCUGGGGUCAGAAAUCAGUAGCAUUGGGGUUUCCAGCAGCGUGGCAGAACACCUGGCCCACUCUCUUCAGGACUGCUCCAACAUCCAGGAAAUUUUCCAAACACUCUACUCACACGGAUCUGCCAUCUCCGAAAGCAAGAUUCGAGAGUUUGAGGUGGAAACAGAACGGCUGAAUAGCCGUAUUGAGCACCUCAAAUCCCAAAAUGAUCUCCUCACCAUAACCCUGGAGGAAUGCAAAAGCAACGCCGAGAGGAUGAGCAUGUUGGUGGGAAAAUAUGAAUCCAAUGCCACAGCCCUGAGGCUGGCCUUGCAGUACAGUGAACAGUGCAUAGAAGCCUAUGAACUCCUACUGGCACUGGCUGAGAGCGAGCAGAGCCUCAUCCUGGGGCAAUUCCGGGCAGCUGGCGUGGGCUCCUCCCCCGGAGACCAGUCAGGGGACGAGAAUAUCACGCAGAUGCUCAAGCGGGCUCAUGACUGCCGGAAGACGGCAGAGAAUGCCGCCAAAGCCCUGCUGAUGAAACUGGACGGCAGCUGCGGAGGAGCCUUCGCUGUGGCCGGCUGCAGUGUCCAGCCCUGGGAGAGCCUGUCCUCCAACAGCCAUACCAGCACCACCAGCUCCACAGCCAGCAGCUGUGACACGGAGUUCACUAAAGAAGACGAGCAGAGGCUGAAGGAUUAUAUCCAGCAGCUCAAGAACGACAGAGCUGCUGUCAAGCUGACCAUGCUGGAGCUGGAGAGCAUCCACAUUGACCCGCUCAGCUAUGACGUCAAGCCCAGGGGCGACAGCCAGAGGCUGGACCUGGAGAAUGCUGUGCUGAUGCAGGAGCUGAUGGCCAUGAAGGAAGAGAUGGCUGAGCUGAAGGCACAGCUCUACCUGCUGGAGAAAGAGAAGAAGGCCCUGGAGCUGAAGCUGAGCACGAGGGAAGCCCAGGAGCAGGCCUACCUGGUGCACAUCGAGCACCUCAAGUCGGAGGUGGAGGAGCAGAAGGAGCAGAGGAUGCGGUCUCUGAGCUCCACGAGCAGCAGCGGCAAAGAGAAGCCUGGCAAGGAGUGUGCUGAUGCUGCCUCCCCAGCUUUGUCUUUGGCUGAAGUAAGGACAAACAGUGACAGUGACCUGGCCACAGAGUUUGCCAGUGCCAUCCGACGGGAGAAAAAACUGAAGGCCAGAGUUCAAGAGCUGGUCAGCGCCUUGGAGAGACUCACCAAAAGCAGUGAGAUCAGACACCAGCAGUCAGCAGAGUUUGUUAAUGACCUGAAGCGGGCCAACAGUAACCUGGUGGCUGCCUAUGAGAAAGCAAAGAAGAAGCAUCAAAACAAGCUGAAGAAGUUGGAAUCUCAGAUGAUGGCUAUGGUGGAGCGACACGAGACCCAAGUGAGAAUGCUCAAGCAAAGAAUAGCUCUGCUGGAGGAAGAGAAUUCCAGGCCACACACCAACGAAACCUCGCUUUAACAGGCACUCAGGCCCCAAAGUCUGCCCCGUGGGGCAAACCUCCAGGAGCUCCGAAGUCCUCUGCAGAGAAAGGGCCCAAGGAAGGGGAAGACUGCAUAGAGGUCACAGGCUCCACUCCUGGCCUGAGUGGUCAUGAUGGCACUGUGGAUUAUGGACGCACAGGCUCCAGAUGCUCCAGGACUGGCCACAAAGGGCAUCAGCAAUGGCUCUAGCUAAGUGCGUAGCCAUGUUGUUUCUGUUCUUACCGCUCACGCUCUCACUUGCUCCGUAGCAUUUCGUUUUAUGUGGUAUUUCCGAGCCUUUUUGUAUUUUUAUUUUUUUGCUUUUCAUAGACUGGACUUUUUUUUUUUCCUUCCUCCUCGAAGGGGAAGGUGACAAACGUUUUGUGUGUGUCCAGCAUCUAGGGCUGGCAGCCCAUUGCAGCAAGGCUCUGGCUUCCAGGUCCUAGGGUACCAGAUUCCUGAGAUACAGUCAAAUAGAGAGAUUAGUUGGGAGUUACAGAUCACAGGAUGGCACACAGUGUCACUGGUCAUCCAAGACACACCGGUUUCAAGUAGAACAUCAUCAAGGCUGUGUGUAGACAGUUCUGCACUGGACAAAAACCAGCUCUUUUUUAUUUUAUAGUGAGGGCUAGGGCUGAAGCUGUUUUAAUUUUUGUCUAAUAUUCUUGAUGUACAUAGUGAAGACAAGAUUUUGCCAGGGGUUUCUUCCAGGGCAGAGAAAAAAAAAAGCCCUAUUGGCGCUUUCCCAGCCCCAGGACACUGCAGUUCCUAUUCUGAAUCAAAAACUAGUGUACCUGACUCUCUUAAAGGCAAGAGGCUUUGCAUUGUUGGACACCGAGGAGACCCUUAAUGUUGUACAAGAUGGUUCCUACCUAUUUAAUAGAGUGCCACUGAACCGUCAGUCCCCAACAUCAUGAAGGGGAUUGGGCGAAGGAAGGGCUGAGAGGCUUCCUAUUCUGUCCCUCUAGAUGCGGUGAUUUCAAGCAAAAUGGUGACUGGGAGGCAUCCUUGAGUCAUGUUUCCUCCCCGUUUUACCUGCUGCUGUUCAGACAUUUACAGAUACAAUUCCAGAACCUUCUACAGUGGCUAGCCCCCACAGCUCGACAGCCCUUCUUUCUCAGACUAGUGCCAAGCUCUACUCAUCCUGCAAACAGAAACGUUUGAGUCAAGGCCUGCCUGGCUCGAGUGUCAAUGGCUUUCUAGUCUUUUGUCAAUACUCAUGAUCCAUUUUCUCAGUGCUCACUUCUCGGGUAAAGUUGUAUUCUGUUAGGAGGAAAUCGUGUGACACAAACAUCUAUUGUUUCCCCAAUACCGCAAUCAGUUUUCCAGCUAUCUUCAGGAACCGCCUACCCCCAAGCAGCAAAUUGGGAUGGGCACAGCUGUCCUGAUUGAGACACCACAUUCCAGGUAAGGGAUGAUUGCCAGGCUUCCUGUUCUGUCCAUCCAGAUGCAGGGAACAGCAUGUGCUACUCGGAUGAAUCACAAUCAGGAUGCUUAACUGGAAGGGGAAGCUGAAGCAGGGAUGACAGUCGCCCUGCUGAGAACCUAUGCUUCUAGAUCCAUAGUUCACACCCACACCCACAAGACCACAAAGCAACAAUCUUACCAGGUCUUAGUCUGAGUUUCUAAGUAAAUAAAUAUAUGGUGAUUUAUAAAAACCAUGUGCCAGGCUAAAAUGCCACAUUUUUAAAUAAGUGGUAGGGGUUAUACAAUCUUUUUCUUGUAAUUUUCAAUCUUUGAGGGUUGACGCAGCAGGCAUUUGAUUGUGUGAAUUGUUGCACUGAUUAAAUACAUGAUAGCAGGUGCCUGAGUAAUUUUUCUUUUUGUUUAACCUGGCUCUUCCAAACCUACUUUUAAAUAGGAAAUGGUUUCCAUUAACAUGUCUAUUAUGGUGAACAAAAUUAUCUUUAAUUUCUAUGAGGCUUAAAGCCUUCAGAAUUUUCUAUUUUUGAAAUGCUACCACCAAAGUCUUUAGUGUAUCUCUCUUUAGGUAGUCACUUUUGCUAAAGCCACUUUCGGCUCAUAAGAAAAUAAGCAGAGCAAACAGGUCCACGAGGAACCAUCUGAAAGUUCCCAAGUAGGGCAGCAGUCCCAGGAGACAUCCAUCCGUGGCUGACUCUGGUCUGCAGCCACAACCAUAUGUGCACCAGCCACACUUGCCCUGCAACAGGAAGAGAGUCCACAGUGGACUUGCAGCUAAGACUGCCAUGGGAUCAGACAGUUGAGGUCUAUUUUAUCCUUGUCUCUGUAGCAUACACACUCCAGGGCUAAGUGAGCGUCAUGUGACCCAUGCUCAUCUGCUGACGUGGCACAUUUCUUAAUGUGUGUGUGUGUAGCCUGACACUUAAGGCUUUUCUAGCCAAGGUGCUUGGUCCUCCUUUCAAAUGUGUGUACUUACAAGGCCUUCCUGAGGCUGCAGCAAACUUUGCAAGGGCUUUGGAAAACUGAAAUGGGAGCUUUGGCGUGGCUCUAUAAAGAACAGUCUAAGGCAUAGCCAUAGGCUUUUAUUUAUCCCAAAAACUGUUUAAGAAGGGGCUGAGUAACCUUAUCACCAUAAGGGAAACAGACCAGUAGAUGUCUUCUAAUUCCUACAGACAUUACCUGAACAGGGGAAAAUAUCUUAGUUUGCUGCAGGUUUGGAAUGCCUAUAGCACUGGCACGAACUGAGAACCACCAGGCUUCUGUAUAUCUGUAUCCCCCCAUGCACUGUGCCCCCAGUCCCCAAAUUCUGCGCAAUGAUUUAAGUUCUGUGAACUACUUCAGAGCUGCCAGGAGUCCGGGUUAUCACUUCAGGCUUUAAAUGAAAGGCAGAGAAAAGCAUCAAGAUAGUAAUAAAAACACCACUAUUUGUCAAAAGACUUCCUCCCAUAAAUGCUCUCAAUUAUGAAUGUUUAACUCAGAGUAUGUCCCGGUCAUUAUACGAGCACAGUGCCCAAGUAAAACAAACAACACCAGUGUUCCCUCAGCGUACAGUGUCACCUACUGAAUUACAAUUAUUUUUUUUAGAGGCCAACAGAGAAUAAACUCACUGAUAGCUAGAAUUUCUGCCCUCAUCUUCAUUAGGGUUUGGUCCUAGGGAGGGAGUGGGGUACAAAAGCUUAAGUAACGUUAGUAUUUUCUAUUUUACACUGCAGCUUCUAGAAUAAGAUCUGUGGUAAAACAAAAACAAACAAAAAAAAACCAACAACAACCCAGCAAUUAAUUUUGUGUUCAGCAAUAGAACAGCUUGCAAACUCUGUAGAGCAGGCAUGGCUUGCUAUAAAAACAUUUCCACCUUUGACAUGUGCGCACAAAUGAACCCGUGGCCUCCUACUUCACUUAGCUUUAUUUUCUGACACCUCUGCACUGCUGCUAACAGCCCAUCUGACCUGAGAUGCUCUGACCCUGCCGUACCUGAGCACUCUCCUACAGAGGAAGACAUUUUCAUAUACGGGCAAGUGCUACAAUUUUGGUCAUCCAGUAUACAUAACACAUCAUCUGAUAUUUCACACAUGUGUACAAAGGAAAAAAAAAGCCGGGUCCCAGAAUCAAGAACCAUGUUUGGAUAAUGACACCCAGGAGUUAGCAUUUGACCUUCCCAAUCUCUCAUCUGAAAAUUACUGACUAGGCCUGCUCACCAACAGCACAUAAGUCCUGCAGAGAACUCCACACCCAUACAGACGCUCUGGUUAGAUGUUUCUGCUCUAUCAUUCACCUUUUGAAAAAUGGUUUGUCGAGUCUGUAGCGUUCCUUUGCGGUGCUCCAGCCAGGACACCCCCCUUAACACCCGAGAGCCUAACUUUGUCAGGACCUGAUGCAAAAGACUACAAAACGUGUUCACUUCUAUUUCUAUCUGCUUUUAGACAUAUUAUAAACUUACUUUGCAUGAAAUUUAACUUUUUUAUUAGUUGAAAUGUGUUUUUUAUACCACUUGAACGUACUGCUGUUAAAGCACAUGUGACUGCAUCUGUCAGGCCUAUUCUGCUUGUACCGGAAGUGGCUACUAAACACACUGUACUAUACCUUGUAAUUUUUUAGGUUCACUUGUAGCUUUAAAUGUUUCCAGAUGCCUUUAGUUUUAGCUGCUGUAAAAUAGCUACUUUGUGUUAUUUGAUAUAGAAUUGUUUAAAAAAAACUCCAUUUAUUUAUACAGAGACAUUUAUAAUAUUUUACAAACGUUCUUAUAUUCUGAAUAAAUAUUUCU